AUGGUUAUUGAAGUUGGUGGAGUGAAAUUUUCGUUGAAUUCUAAACAUGUUUUAAAAUUUAACGAUGGUGAAAGUAAAACUGAAAUAGAUUUUGGAUUACCAACACCAGAAGAAUUGAAAAAUAAGAAAGGUACACGUCGAUUAACUGAGAGAUUUGUAAUCCUUGCAUACGAUGGAUUGAAUUAUUCUUUGAAUUCAAAAUUGAUCUUGAAAAUUAAAGAUAAAAACGGCUUGCUAGGAAUGAAUUUUACACGGCCAAAUAAAACUGAACUAGGAGCGAAAUCCGGUACUAGACCAAUACUUAAAGAGAUAUCUUAUUUAAACCAAACAAUUACUGAUCAGUCAUAUUAUGUUUACACUAGUCAAAUGAUAAAUAGUAAUUAA